AUGGCUCACAUCAACAGCAUCGUCCCAGAUAUCCUAUACCAGGGCUGCCCAACCCUCUUCCUGGAGAUCUUCUACUCCCCGACUCCAGACUUCCAGACUCCAGACUCCCAGACUCCUAGACUCCCCGACUCCCAGACUCCUAGACUCCAGACUCCCCGACUCCCUGACUCCCAGACUCCUAGACUCCAGACUCCAGACUCCCCCCAGACUCCCAAACUCCCAGACUCCAGACUCCCAGACUCCCAGACUCCCAGACUCCAGACUCCCCGACUCCAGACUCCAGACUCCAGACUCCCAGACUCCCUGACUCCCAGACCCAGACUCCCAGACUCCAGACUCCCAGACUCCCAGACUCCCAGACUCCCAGACUCCAGACUCCCAGACUCCCAGACUCCAGACUCCCAGACUCCCAGACUCCCAGACUCCAGACUCCCAGACUCCAGACUCCCAGACUCCAGACUCCAGACUCCCAAACUCCAGACUCCCAGACUCCAGACUCCCAGACUCCCAGACUCCCAGACUCCCAGACUCCCAGACUCCCAGACUCCCAGACUCCCAGACUCCCAGACUCCAGACUCCCAGACUCCAGACUCCCAGACUCCAGACUCCCAGACUCCCAAACUCCCAGACUCCAGACUCCCAGACUCCAGACUCCCAGACUCCCAGACUCCAGACUCCCAGACUCCCAGACUCCCAGACUCCCAGACUCCAGACUCCCAGACUCCAGACUCCCAGACUCCAGACUCCCAGACUCCCAGACUCCCAGACUCCAGACUCCCAGAUCUUCCUCUUUCUAUUCCUCAGACUCCCAGACUCCAGACUCCCAGACUCCGAUUGGCUCCAAAAACACCCAUUGUAGUCAAGGGAGCCCCGCCGGUCAAGGGAGCCCCGCCGGUCAAGGGAGCCCCGCCGGCCAAGGGAGCCCCGCCGGCCAAGGGAGGAGCCCCGCCGGCCAAGGGAGCCCAGCCAGCCAAGGGAGCCCAGCCAGCCAAGGGAGCCCAGCCAGCCAAGGGAGCCCAGCCAUGUAUCUGCUCCUAG